GAAACUACUGACAGCCCACAGAACCAGGCCAGACACUACAAAGUUCUGCAGGAGCUAUACAAAUCCAAGCCCAGGCCCAACAAGAAGGAUGUUGCCCAGCUGUUGGACCUGGAAUACCAAGCAAGACGGGCUUACAUCGACUCUGAUGUUCUGAAGGAGCACGACAGACCUACCAAGAUUCUUCAAGCAUAUCCCUGCUUCAGAGAAGUGGAUCAUAUAAUGGAUGAACUGCAGCGGAUCCUCAAUCAAGGCAACCCCCACUUCAUACCUGAACUGAAGAACCGCUGGAAGACCUUUUGUGAGAAGAUCCAGUUUUAUGGCGUUUUCAAAAAAGUCAUGAGACCUCCACUGGCUGAUAAAGUAAAGCGAGGGGUUGCGAUGAUGAAAGCUUUGCCAGACGUCUUCCCAUCACCCAUUGCUCUACCCAAGAAGUUGGGGCAUGCAAGUGAGGCCAUUCUUCACAUCUUGAGUCUGUGGAAGACCCCAACGCUUUCCUGAACGCAAGACCGCUCUCCAGCCCUGUAGUGAUCGUCUGUGAGAGCAACUGCAUUCUGGCCAUCGGAACCAUGCCUGUGCUGAUCUUCCCAAAGGAGGACAUCUCAGUGUGAUGUACAUCAUGGCAUGCUGCUACACCUUUCACCUCACAUACCCCAAGUGCAUAACCACACUCCUCUCUGUGCUGCAGACAGAGGUCCUCAUGGAUGCCAUCCAUGACCAAGACAUGACUUCUUCAUAUAAAAAAGCUAUGGCUGAGUGGAGGAAGUUCAGAGGACUUUUUGCAGUGUAGGAGAAGUAAAGAAGGGGAAGUUCAUACGUCAGGUGGCAGAUGAAGAUGGACAGAAUGACUUUCAGCCCAUCAGGUCAUCCAUGAACAAAUGGAGACAGAUCUUACAUUAUAUGAGAUGGAACAUUUUAAAUUUUACUUCAACAUAAUUGAUGGCACAAUUUACCCCCAACAUGUUUUCUGCAAAGGCUCAACUAAGUCCAAGUUUGUUCCCUUUGGAAAGCCAUAUUCCUCAUAUACAAUGACUACACCAGUGUUUCAGCAUUUUACAUGAACCCAAAUUUAUCCACUGUGUGCUUUCUUUACAGUAAAUAUGACAGCUAAAAGUUUAAAAAAUAACAACAUUACAUAUAUGCUGCUUUGUUUACAUUUGAACGAGGUAGUGCUGCAUUUAAAUCAGGGUGCAGACAGUUCUGCACAGUGUCUUCCAGAUUUCAACAAGACAACAGGACGACUUGAAACGAGCAGGACAUCGAGAUUAAUCUCAACUUUAACCUUUCAAGAAAACCCAAAGAAGCCAACAUUUUUGAGUCUUUUUUGACAAGAUAAAAAUGAACAAUCAAAGUUCAUCCUCAUCCUCAUCUUCCUCUGAGGAGAGUACUACAAGGCAUCCUUUCGAAGUCCCAGAAGACUACAAGUUGAUGCAAAACCUGGAACAUGGAAGCUGUGGAUUUGUGCCGGAACGUAUGACAAACAACACUGAAGAGCACGAGGCCAUAAAGGUGUCCGAACGGAACUGUCAAGACCAUGAGGUGAAAAUCCUGAACAAACCCAUGAGCCACAACUCAAAGGAGAAGGACAGAACCCCCCCCAGUGAUAUCCUCGACCAUCCCUCUAUCACUAGAAGCGACCUCAGCAGCAACUCCCCCACCAGCAGUUGCGAUGAAUCUAGACCCUCCACCACCGUGUCCAUCAUGGUUAAGCCUGCAGAUCCAGAGAACAGAAUCAACCUGACAGGCUUGCCUGAUGAUGAAAGUGACCUGAAGAGCAGUAAGCUUGAGGACAGUGACACUGCUAAAGACACUGAGAACAACAAGGACAAUGAUGAAGACACUGAAGUCAAGAAGAAGGCGCAGAGAAAGACAAAGACAAAGAAGAAGAACUACUUCCAAUGCGCCUUCUCCUGGAUAAAGAAGAAGUGUUCAGGCUUCUGUGACAAGCUCAAAAAGAACAUUCAAAGUUCAUCCUCAUCUUCCUCUGAGGAGAGUACCACAAGCCAGCGUUCCGAAGUCUCAACAGGCUACACGUUCGUGAAAGAAAUCGGACAUGGAGGCUUUGCAUUAGUGGUGGAAUGUGUGAAGAACGACACCGAAGAGCACGUGGCUGUAAAGGUGCCCGAAUGGAGCAAUCUAGACCAUGAGGCGGAAAUCAUGAAAAAGCUCGUGAGCCACAACUCGAAGCAGUCAAACAUCAUCGACUACAAAGGAGACAUCUUCAUAAAAAAUAAGCGGCAACUGGUGUUUGAAAAAUUGGACAUCAGCCUGUGGGACUAUUUGCGGAAUUCACAACAGCCAAUGCCACUGGAACACGUCCGCACAAUUAUUGAGCAGCUGGCUGUAGCUCUGGAUACGACAAAGAGUGCUGGCAUAAUCCACGCUGAUCUGAAGGAAGACAACAUCAUGAUGGUGGAUCGUGUGAAGCAGCCCUUCAGAGUCAAACUCAUUGACUUUGGUGAGGCCGAGUACAGCUCCAAAACCAAAGCGGGAAAGCUCCUCCAAGUAGUUGCAUAUAGAGCUCCAGAAAUCAUCCUGGGCCUGCCGUAUUCUGAGGCCAUCGACAUUUGGUCAUUAGGCUGCGUGAUGGAGAGGAUGAUGACUUCAGAUGGUCUCUUCGGAACAGACUCCGAAUACUGGACACUCCUACGCAUGAUCGGUCUGUUGGGUGUCCCGCCACAACAUGUCAUCGAUGCUGGACGAAGAUCAGAAUUAUUUUUUCAGAAAAUGCCUGAUGGUUUGUGGCAGCUGAAGAGACCUACAGAGUGUUUUGGGACCCAUUUCGACGACGCAGUUUACCAGUUCAGCUCUCUGGAUGAAAUCGAAACGGUGUGCUCUGAGACGGACAACCUAGCAGAGGCUGAUGAGAGAAAGGAGUGCAUCGAGCUCCUGAAGGCGAUGCUUCAAUGGGACGAGAAAGACAGAAUCACCCCCAGUGGUAUCCUGAAGCAUCCCUUUAUCACGAGAAGCUACCUCAGCAGCAACUCCCCCACCAGCAGUUGCGAUGAACCGAGACCCUCCACCAGCCUGUCCAUCACGGUUAAGCCUGCAGAUCCAGAGAACAGAAUCAACCUGACAGGCUUGCCUGAUGAUGAAAGUGACCUGAAGAGCAGUAAGCUUGAGGACAGUGACACUGCUAAAGACACUGAGACCAGCAAAGACAGAAACAAUGAUGAAGACACUAAAGGCAAUGAGAAGGACCAGAGAAGGACAAAGACAAAGAAGAAGAACUGCUUCGAACGCAUCUUCUCCUGGAGAAAGAAGACGUUCUGCUGCUGCUGCUGUGUCCAAGUUUAAGGAUGUGAUACGUCUGAUGUGAUGAACUGAGCAGCACUAAUGGACUGGAUCCACAGUUCGGACUUACAGUUCUUUUUUUUUUUUUUUUUGUUUUAAA